ACAUGCCUUUUAAAUCCAGUGUCUUCUAGCAAAUCCAAUCACUGCUUUGUCGGAUCUACUUUGUGUUUAGAUUAUUUAGACAAGCCCUUAUUGAGGAACAUUUCAGGUGUUCAUUCUCCUUAUAGUUCUGAAUGUUCUGCUGAAUAUUCAUCAUGGUACAGGCGAGACAAACUAUCAUUGGCUGCCAAAUGUUCCUAUUUAAAACAUGACAAAGAGCCAUUCAAAGAGGUCAGCAGAGAUACAGACUCUCUUCCUAUGGAAAAUUCAUCUUUCCCAGUUGUGCAAGACGCACACUUUAAUGAAAAAUCCUGUGAAGUAGAAAAAAGCCUCCUAGAAGAUGUGUUAUUUGGAUCCACUGGAACUGUUGAUUCAGUUGUCCAUGAUUUUUCUAAAGAUUUUCCAGGCUUUGCUGUAAAUGAUCAGGACACAACAAUACCAGAAACUUCCUCCGUUUUAGAAGAGUCACACCUCUGCAACAAGAAUGUGACUUCCUUUGUAGGAAGUGUAAGCUGUGUUGAUGAAGCCAGCGUAACCUCUCAGCAUGAUCCUCAGUGCAGCAACACAGGAAAUGAAGAGGAUGCCCAAGGUCCCAAUUCACUCUCGACUUUAUUCUCAGAAUGGAGUAACCCAGUGUUCAUACGGCCUCCAGAGGUUGCUGUGGAUGUAACCAGCGGUCAAGCUGAGGGUCUUGCUGUAAAAAUCCACAAUAUUCUUUACCCCUACCGGUUUACCAAGAAUAUGAUCCACACAAUGAGAGUCAUCAAUCAAGUGGACAAGAAGUUCCUUGCUUGUUUGAUAAACACAACAGAGCAGGAAUCCUCUGAAAGCAGUAUGAAUGAAGGAAAUCUUCUAGUGUUGGUUGAUCAACAUGCUGCCCAUGAAAGAGUUCUACUGGAGGGGUUGGUAACAGACUCCUAUGAGGAUGACCCAGACACACCAGGAAAAAAGAGGCUGUGUUCUUCAAGUGUUACCCCACCCUUAGAGAUUAAUGUAACUGAAGAGGAAUUGAGACUUCUGAGGUCUUGUCAGGCCUUCCUGAGGGGUCUUGCUUUAGAUGUAAGGCUCCCAAAGAGUGAGUCACUGAAUGUGUUGUUGGAGAGACUUCCCACAUGUUUCAUAGAGAAAGAAAGCACAGAGCUCCGCCGUGGAAGACGGUCGGUAAUUAAAACCAUUGCAGAGGACUAUUUGCGAGAACACAUUGAGCUUCUCCGCUCAACAGGAAGAGUGAGAGGAACACUGCCUCUGACAGUUCAUAAUGUGCUCGCCUCACAAGCUUGUCAUGGAGCAAUUAAGUUCAAUGACAUUUUGAGAAAAGAGGAGUGCUGUAGUCUGGUGAGCUCGCUCUCCUCUUGUCAGCUUCCCUUCCAGUGUGCUCAUGGAAGACCUUCAAUCGUCCCUCUGGCUGACCUUCACCACUUGGAAGAUCCACAGGAUCUUCCCAAACCAAAUCUGAGGAAACAGUUUGUACAGAAAUGUACAAAUCUUGGCAGCUCUAUGGAAAAAGCUGCUGGCAACAACACUGCUCAGAGAUAGAGUAGCCAAUAAUAAAGGACUAUACUCGAUCAUGGAGCAUUUUCCUCCAAUCAAAUUGUUCCUUGCA